CGACGAUGGUCAACCCGGAAGCAGGAUUUUAGAAGGGAGUGAAUGAUAUGCAGACCAGAGGCUUGAGAUAACUGUAUAUUGUCUGUACUACGCCCUUUAUGAUUGAUACUCCAGUAGGAUUGUUUGUUUUUGCACAGCGGGAGCUUGAUUCUGCUCUACGUUACUAUGGAAGACACAAAUCGGGAGGCAGUUGCCACUGCUGUGCAGCGUGUGGCAGGAAUGCUGCAGCGAUCAGACCAACUAGACAAAGUAGAGCAGUAUCGAAGGCGAGAGGCCCGGAAGAAGGCAUCUGUGGAAGCCAGGCUAAAGGCAGCUAUCCAGUCUCAGCUUGAUGGUGUUCGUACUGGACUUGCCCAGCUGCACAAUGCCCUACUGGAUGUUAAAGAUAUCCAGAGCUCACUGGCAGAUGUCAGUAAGGACUGGAGACAGAGCAUAAACACGAUUGAGAACCUCAAAGAUGUCAAGGAUGCGGUUGUGCAACACAGUCAGUUGGCCUCUGCUGUGGAAAAUCUCAAAAACAUUUUUUCAGUACCAGAGAUAGUGAAAGAGACGCAGGAGCUGAUAGAACAAGCUGAGCUGCUUCAGGCCCACCGAAAGCUGAUGGACCUUGAGUGUUCUCGAGAUGACCUGAUGUACGAGCAAUACCGCAUGGACAGCAAGAACACCAGCGACAUGAACCUCAUCCACACCUACUUUGAAGAUGUUCAGGCAUUGUCAGAUGAGCUAGCUAAGCAGCUAUGGAUGGUGCUCCAACGUUCUAUGGUGACUGUUCGCAGUGACCCUACAAUGCUAGUCUCUGUGGUUCGCAUCAUUGAGCGGGAAGAGAAGAUUGAUCAACGCAUGUUAGACCGGAAGAAACAGACUGGCUUCAUUCCACCAGGACGACCUAAACUCUGGAAGGACAGGAUGUUCAAGGUCUUGGAGGAUACAGUCAGCACACGCAUUGAAGGUACCCAGUCAGACACGCGGAAGUCAGACAAGAUGUGGCUAGUUCGCCUUCUGGAAAUAACCAGGAAGUAUGUUCUGGAUGACCUCAUUGUUGUCAAGAUCCUCAUGGUGCAGUGUUUCCCUCCACACUACAACACCUUCCACAGGUUUUUCUGUCUUUACCAUCACGCUGUGUCAGCUCGUAUCAAAGAUCUGACUGAUGAAGAUCUGAAGGCUAACGAGAUCGUCUCUCUGCUCACCUGGGUCCUCAACACAUACAAAAGUGUGGAGAUGAUGGGCCAUCCAGAGCUGUGCUCAGAGUGUGAUGUUAACCAGCUGGAGCCGCUGCUGUCUCAGGAUGUGGUGGAUGAACUGCUUAACAAAUACGUUCACACAUUUACAUCAAAUAUAACCAGCUGGCUUCGUAAAGCCUUGGAAACAGACAAGAAGGACUGGCUGAAAGAUACAGAGCCAGAGGCUGAUCAAGAUGGCUACUACCAGACCACGCUACCGGCCAUAGUGUUCCAGAUGUUUGAGCAGAACCUGCAGGUGGCGGCCCAGAUAGAUGAGCAUUUCAAAGAGCAGGUUCUGAAGCUAUGCCUCAAACAGAUGAACAUAUUUCUGAUCAGAUACAGAGAGGAGGUGAUAGCCUACAAAGAAGAACAUCUGAAGGACAGACAGCUGCCACAGUGCUACGUCCAGUACAUGAUCGCCAUCAUCAACAACUGCCAGACAUUCAAAGAGUCCAUUAACAGUCUGAAGAGGAAGUACUCCCAGUUUGCAGAGCCCACCGAAAGUGAUGCUGCCAUAGAGAAGACCCUCAAUGAAGUGGCAAAAGAGGGAUGCCAGUUCCUAUUAGACGAAGUUUUCCUGGAUCUAGAGCACCAUCUGAAUGAGCUGCUGACCAGGAAGUGGCUAACAGGCUCUCAUGCUGUGGACACCAUCUGCGUGACUGUAGAGGACUACUUCAACGACUUCAACAAGAUCAAGAAGCCCUUCAACCAGAAGAUGACAAGCGAGGCCCAUCGCAGGGUGGUGGUGGAGUACCUGAAGGCAGUGAUGCAGAAGAGGAUCACCUUUAAAAAUGCAGAAGAGAGGAGGGAGGGAGCUGAAAGGAUGAUCAAGGAGGCAGAACAGUUCAAGUUCCUGUUCAGAAAACUUGCUGCUGAGGAGGACACAGAGCUGCUGUGUGGUGCGAUUGCUGCAAUAGCAGAAGUCUUCAAACUGACUGACCCCACUCUGCUGUAUCUUGAGGUGUCCACUCUGGUGUCCAAAUAUCCUGAUAUCAGGGAGGAACACGUCCUCGCCCUGUUGGCAAUACGAGGGGAUGCCAGUCGCGACAUGCGUCAGAUGAUCAUCGAGACUCUAAGCCAGACCACACCAUCCUACACUGGUGUCACGCAGCCCAUAUUCAAAGACAUAGCUGUGCCGACUAUUUCCAUGACCUCCAUGACCUCCAUGGCCACCGCAAAGCUCCUCAAAUAAAUGAAGACAUGAUGACAUCCACCACACAUAACAAGCAUGUGUGGAUGGUUUUCUCCUGCACCAUUUUUCUCCCAACUAUAAAUCAUUAGUUGCUAAGAGAGGGAAUGCAAAGUUAACAAGACAUAAAGGUUGAGGAAUUUGGGAUAUUAGAUGUCGAAUAUCAAUUUGGGAAUUGUUGAAUGAUGAGACAAUGUCUGCCACAUGAAUUUUGAGAUAUGUAACUCCCUAUUUAUACCACACAUUCUUAUUUUACCGUCCCCACCUAUUGUUUAUGACUUUUGUAUCAUCUUGAUCUCAUCACUGCUUCAAAAACAAUGACUAUAGUAAAAAAACUUCUUAAACUACUCAGUGGGUUUUGUCAUUAGAAGUUUAGAAAAUCUGACAAGACACACUUCUCCAUAAGGUAUACUUAUAUAGUGAAACGCAGUACAUUGUGAAUGCUAGCCUGCCGCUGAGUAAUAUGGUUGAUAUGGGUAAUAAGGGAUCUAGUGUUUGAGUUCUCAUGCUAUUUUUAUGGAUCCAUGUUUAAGUCAAAAUACCUCUAAACUGUACAGACUGGCCCCCUGUCUUUGCAGCCUUCAUUUUCACCCAGUUGUGGUGGACUGUGUCAAAAGCAGCACUGACAUCCAAUCAUACCAGAACCGAGACGCUGCCACUGUCUGUGUUUAAGCGGCUGUGAUUAAAGACCUUAACGAGAGCGGUCCAGAACUGUGGUGUGGUCCGAACCCUGACUGGAAGACAUCAGAACUGGUGCUUAGUGCCAAGAAAUUGUUCAGCUGCUGGAAAACAGCUUUUCAAUGGGUCUGCUUAGAAACGUGAGGUUUGAUAUGGACCUACAACUGUUCUUGGGUGAAGUGUCUAGAUUAUUCUUUUUUAAGAGUGGCUUGAUGACCGCAGUUUUCAGGGCCUGUGUGAAGAGACCUGAGAGG